AUGUCGAUUGUCCGCACGCUGCCCCGUUCUCCCCACUCUGUUGGGCUUUGUGUCGUUGGUGGUGGAGCUGCUGGGUUUUAUGCAGCGAUUGCAUGCGCUGAAGCAGCUGCAACGGCACCGCAACGUGGACAGGAGAUCUUGAUUGUUGAAAGUUCUUCGAAGUUUCUCCACAAAGUCAGCAUUUCAGGGGGAGGACGAUGCAAUGUUACACAUAGUCCGGGGGCGUCAAUUGAAAGCAGCUACCCUCGGGGCUCGGAGAUCAUGGCUCAGCUUGCCCUGCGACAUGGUGCUGCUCAUGCCGCCAAGUGGUUUGAAUCUAAAGGCGUUCAGCUCAAAACGGAAGAGGACGGAAGAGUGUUUCCCGUCUCAGAUAAGUCUGAGAGUAUUGUUGACUGCUUGGUCAACACCGCAGCCUCCCUUGGCAUCAGAAUGCUACUGGGAGGCAGAGUUUGCACAUUGCAGAGGACGUCCGCAGAGCCCACACGAUUCUCUCUCGAAGUACAAACUGAGUCUGGGGAGCAAGCCAUUCUUUGCAGGCGCGCGAUCUUGUGCAUGGGUUCAGCUCAAAAGCGGUCUGUGCAAAAGUUGUUGCGUGACGCUGGUGCCAACCUUCGCCCGCUGGCUCCAUCACUGUUCUCUGUUCUGACAGGUUCCUGUGACCUAGCAGGCUUGCAAGGACUGAGCGUGCCAGAUGCCGCUCUCGAACUCGUUGGCUCUCAGCAUCUUCCACGCAUUCGUGGGCCAGUGCUAAUUACCCAUGAGGGCUUAUCUGGGCCCGCCAUUUUACGUCUUUCGGCUUGGGCUGCCUUCGCUUUUCAAGAGGCUGGUUAUCGGGCCAGGUUGAGAGUGAACUGGGUUCCAUCGCUGACUCUCGAUGAUGCCGUCGAAGCGAUACUUGCUGUCCCGUUGGGUCGUGGUAGCCGUCCUCCCGUGCGACGGAAGCCAGUGGGAGACGUGUCACCGUGGCCAGGCCUGCUGCCUGCUCGGCUUUGGGGACGGCUGUUGCAAAAGCUCGAAGCCGAGGAAAGUAACAGCAAGUUCAGACCCUUCGUGCGCCAGUACAGGGUAGACGGCUUGCCGCUGGCACAGUGGCCGUGGGCUGUCUUCGGGUUUCCAGAUGCCGGCAGAUGUCUUGCAGUUGCACUGUGGAAUCACCUCACGGCGCUCGAGGUGGAGGUGCGUGGCCGUCGAACGAACAAGGAAGAAUUUGUUACUGCAGGUGGAGUGGACGUGCGAGAACUCGAUUGGGACCGAAUGGAGUUGAGAUCCUGUCCAGGACUUCACUUUGCAGGGGAGAUCGUGGACAUCGACGGUAUCACCGGCGGCUUUAACUUCCAAGGAUGCUGGUCGAGUGGCUAUGCAGCUGGCGUUGCAGCUGCCGAUGCUUUCGAUUAG